GCGAAGAAAAAUAAAAAAAAGAGAGAAAAAAAAAAAUCAGAGCGUAAAAGCUCCAAACUUUACCCAGAAGCUAUCAAUGGUGGUUCUUAGCGUUGGCCUCGCCACCAUUAUCCCAGUCGCCCGUAGUAACAGUUGGAGACCAAUCCGUUCCAUGCCCACAAAAAUUUCAUGCAUUGGAUGGGACCCAGAAGGCAUACUUGGCCCGCCUCAAACUGGGCACAUCGCUCGGCAAGAGUUCAAGAGGCGGCUCCAGAAGGAUGCCGAACUCCGGGAAGAAUUCGAACGCCAAGUCCGUGAAGAGAAAGAGCGACGCCAAGCUCUCCGAAAUUCUCGGGUUGUUCCUGAUACUCCUGCGCAGCUGGUUGAGUAUUUUCUUGAUACUGAAGCACAAGAGAUUGAGUUUGAGAUUGCAAGGAUGAGGACCAGAUUGAAUGAGGAAUUCUUUUCACACCUAAACUUUGAGAUAGGUCAGCUUCGCUUUGCGGCUUCGAAAACUGAGGAUAUGGAAGAUAGAUUAAUCGAGCUGGAAGCAUUGCAGAAAGCCUUAAAUGAAGGAACAGAAGCGUAUGAUAAAAUGCAACGUGAUCUUGUAACAGCCAAGGAAAAUCUAACAAAAAUCUUGACUUCAAAGGAUCUUAAAGCAACCUUAUUGGAGUUGGUUGAGCAGAACCAACUUAACAGAUCCUUGUUGACACUUCUUGACGAAAACAUAGCAAAUGCACAGAGAGGUAACCAGAAACAAGCAGCAGAGUUCAUGGAAAAGGUUCGUGGGGCUGUUUUGAGGUACAUGACUGUUUAGUGUUCAUGUGUGAAAUUGAAGUACUCGGUUAGUCUUAAGGGUUCUUUCUUGUUUCCUAUUUUUGUAUAAUACCAUAAUGCUGCGCCAGAUUCAUCAGAUAACUUUUAAUUUAAAUUAUAAACAGAAAUACUAUUGUAUCAAAGACAUGCUUUUAAUUAAAAGUAAAUAUACAGAGGGACUAAUAUAUAUAUAUAUAUAUAUAUUUUCCA